AUGCUCGUGGCGGCACGCUCAGCGCAAUCUGACGUACCAAAGUCCAGAUAUAAUUCUGAUGCCUUCUAUCAUCCUCAUUAUGGUAGAACAAAUGCCAUUACCGCUCGCAAAGCACACUUUUUAGCAGAAGAUCCAUUAACCUUUGAUGCUCCUAUACACAUUGUGACCAUUUCUAAUGUAAACAAUAUAGCCGGUCUGUCCAUCGAUGCUAUCAAGGGGUCAAAGACAUGUUGUUUUGUUGGUGCGUUUGGAGGGGAUUACCGGGAUCUCUUGAUACGUGACAAUGAUAAUUUGGGCCAAUACACGGCAGCAGGACUUUGGGGUGCGCUUGCCGCCAACCGCGUCUCAUGGUUCUUCGACCUCAAAGGCCCCAGCAUGACUCUGGAUAGUGCAUGUUCCUCUAGUCUGGUAGCUUUACAUCUUGCUUGCCAAAGCAUUGUCCGAGGAGAAUCACAGAUGGGUAUCGCAGCCGGAUCAAAUCUACUUCUCGGGCCUGAUGCGGCCAUGUUUUUAAGCGCCGGAGGUAUGCUCUCACCAGAUUCCAAGUCGCAGGCUUUUGACCACAAGGCAAACGGCUACGCCCGCGGCGAGGGGUUCGGGGCCUUGAUCUUAAAGAACCUCGACGAUGCCAUUCGUGAUGGUGACCCUAUUCGAGCCAUCAUUCGGGGAACAGCGUGCAAUCAUGACGGCAAGUCACCUGCUGUUGGGCACCCAAGCUCGGUUGGACAGGCAGCUUUGAUCCGCACUGCUUAUGAGACAGCUGGUCUGUCACCUCUGGAAACAGGAUACUUUGAGGCGCACGGUACCGGCACCAAAGUGGGAGACGCGGUGGAAACGAGUGCAAUUUCCGAAGUAUUUGGCCCCGGACGUUCUUCAGAUUUAUUUAUCGGAUCUGUGAAGACAAACAUCGGCCACACUGGAGCUACGGCAGGUAUUGCUGGAGUGAUGAAGGCAAUUUUCAUUGUGGAGCGCGGGUUGAUCCCGCCAAAUAUUUGGUUUGAACAAUUGAGUCCGAGAAUAAACCUUCCUUCGACUAUCAAGGUUGCUGCCGAACUCACCCCGUGGAAGAAUCCCGGCCCACGAAUCGCGAGUGUCAACUCUUUUGGAAUCGGCGGUGCAAAUGCCCAUUGCAUCGUACAAGACGCCAGCUCAUAUUUUCAUACAUGCCGUGGUCCAGAGACUACACCCAACAGCAUCUUCAAAAAUGGGAUAAACGGCAGUGUGAAGAAUGGCCUGAGCAGGCCAGUUUUACUCCCUAUAUCGGCCCAAGACAAGCAAGGCACCGAUAGAGUAGCCCAGCAACUUGAUACAUAUCUUAACAAACAGCAAAAAGACAACGACACCACGGUAGUUCUACAGAAUCUUACCUUCACUCUCUCUGAGAAGCGCAGUGUUCUCCCUUGGAAAGCGUAUGUAAUAGUUUCGAAUGUUGAAGCUAUUCCAAAGUCACUAGCCUCAAUAUCGGUCCCUGUGAGAUCAUCCCGAGCGCCUCGUCUUGGCUUUGCUUUCACCGGCCAAGGUGCCCAAUGGUACGCAAUGGGACGAGAAUUGUUUGCCUACCCACAUGAGGCAGACUCUCGGCUGGAUACCGCGGAAUUAAGUCAGGCAGUGUGCACAGCUCUCCAGAUAGGUCUUGUGGAUUUAUUACACGCCUGGGGAGUCCAGCCUGCUGCAGUCGUUGGCCACUCGAGCGGAGAGAUAGCUGCUGCUUACGCCGCUGGAGGUCUAUCUCGUCGGGCUGCUAUUGCAAUGGCCUACUAUCGUGGUAUAUCUGCUUCCAGCAUUGAACUUAACCCCAACUUAAAUGGUGGUAUGACAGCUGUAAGAGCUAGUGGCGAGACUAUUGCACCCAUUCUACGCGACCUAAAACACGGGGUCGCCAUUAUUGCUUGCUAUAACAGUCCCUCGAACUGUACUGUAUCUGGAGACAAGGCCGCUCUUGAUGAACUUCAGUCUGUCCUAGACAAAGCCGGUAUUGGAUUCACCAGGCUAAAAGUUAAAGUGGCCUAUCAUUCGCCGCAUAUGGACUUGGCAGCAGCAGCCUAUCUUACUCAGAUAACAGCCUUUUCAGCUGAGCAGGACUCUCCUGAUCGAUGGGACGCUGUCCCUUUCUUUUCUUCUGUCCGCGGCGAACUUCUUGACUUGAGCGCUCUCGGCCCUCAAUACUGGGCCGAGAACCUUAGAAGCCCAGUUAACUUCACUGCUGCACUAUACGCUCUUCUUCACCACCAAACGGGCGUAUCGGGCGGAGAGCCUGGUUCGUUCAUCGAUGGUAUCGUAGAGAUUGGCCCUCACUCAGCUCUCCGUACAUACUGUCUUGAGAUUUGCCGCAGCGGAGAUAGGCCAGUAGCCGUCCCCUAUAUUAACACCCUUCGCCGCGCCCAUAUCGCAUAUGAUACGAUGCUUGCCGCAGCUGGUGAUCUCUGGUGCCUCGGCAGUCCCAUCAAUCUUUCGAUAGUUAAUGGGGCGACCUCGGACGCCACGAUCCUGGUGGACCUCCCGCCAUACCCUUUUAACCAUUCUAUAUCGUACUCGGCCGAGACCACGGCAUUGCGUGAGUUCCUUUCAAAAGGGUAUCCUCAUACGGGACUCUUGGGUGCCCCUGUUUUAGGAUCUAUGGUCCCUCAAUGGCGAAAGUUCCUACGGAUUCGCGAUGACCCCUGGAUGCUUGACCACAAAGUGCAAUCCAGAACACUCUAUCCGGGAACUGGUUAUAUAAUCAUGGUUAUCGAGGCUAUGUGCCAGCUUGCUGACCCUCUGACGGAGAUUGCGGGCUUCGAGCUACAAGAUGUAGUUUUUGAUGCCCCCUUACAAAUAUCGGAUGAUGAUCAAGGCAUUGAGACAGUGACACAGGUUGGUUCUACUCGGGAAUCGACAGGAAGUCCGUGGUCGACCUUUACCGUAUCUUCCCGUGGUGGAAGAGAUGACUUUUCUUUCCAGACACACUGUAAGGGCAAGAUUCGUGUCCAUAACAAACCAGCAGUGGGCUCCGAGUUGGCGCACGAAAUUGAGCUCGAGCGGCAGCGGUAUCUCGACGCAUACAUGGAUGCAGAAAAACACUGUCAGCGUCCAGUUGCAGAUUUUUACGAAAAGGCAGCCGAAGUUGGCAUGGAAUUUGGGCCUAUGUUCCGGAACUUGUACAAUAUCCACCAAGGCUCCGACAGGACUCGCGCCGCGAUUAUUAUCCCGGACACGAAGUCCGUCAUGCCAGGCAAAUUUGAACAUACUCACAUCAUCCAUCCCGCCACUCUCGAUGCCCUCGCGCAAACAGCACUUAGCACGCUGUCAUCCAACGGAGAGGGCCUGGCAGCUCCGUUAGUCGCAGCCAGGCUUGAAAGCUUGUAUAUGGACGCACAAAUUGCGAGGAAUCCUGGCCAUAUGUUCAAAGCGUCGGCGACCAGAGAUGCGCAGAGCAACCACGGUGCCAAAUGCACGGUUACUGUGCUGGACUCCCAGACUAAUGCACCGAUUUUCAUUGCUAAAGGUGUUGAGAUCACCUACCUUGGCAAAUCUGAGCCUACGCCACAGUCACCAAACGACGGGCUUUGCUGGCAGACCGUGUGGGGAGCAGACGUUGACCUCCUCGCACCAAACCAGGUGCAAGAGAUCAUCGCAUCGCGCGUACCGUCCGACCCGUUGGAGGGAGAGUGGGAUAACGUGAUUGAGCUCAUCACUUUCUCCUACGUUAGAAAGUCGCUGGAGUGGCUGUCAGGCGAAGGCAAAGGCUUUGUUCCCAAGUCUGGCACGCUUAAAUACUACUAUGAGUGGAUGAUCGAUACCGUUGAGCGGCGAAGCGAUCUUCUUACGCAUCCAUUUGUGGACAAAGCGGAAUCGUUUGCAGAAGCGGCUCAGGGCAACGGACCAGGAGGAGUAGUAUUGGAGAUGGUGAGUCGCAUUGGAAGAGGGCAGCAGAGCAUCUUCCAGAACACCAUCCAGCCACUGGAAGUAAUGCUGGAAGGGAAGCUUCUUCAUGAGUUUUACAACGCAACUGGCACGACCUUCAAUGUUGCUGUAUCAGAAUACAUGGGGUUGCUUGCCCACAAGAUGGCCGGCCAAGCUACGAUUCUCGAAAUCGGUGCAGGAACUGGUGGCACAACUGCCAAGAUCCUGGACCGGCUCCGCAAUACAGAUGGCAGCUCCAUGGCCCGCCGUUAUGUUUUUACAGAUAUAUCUGCUGGCUUUCUUGGCAAUGCUUCUGCCAUGUUCUCACAAGAUGCUUCAGUGAUGGAAUUUAAAACCCUCGAUAUUGAACAGAAUCCCCUGAACCAAGGUUUCGAGCCUGAUAGCUUCGAUAUAAUUGUGGCAUCGGCUGUUCUUCACGCAACAAAGAAUAUUGAAACUACACUUAACCACUGCCGAAGUCUUCUCAAGCCGGGAGGAAGACUCGUACUGGCCGAGGGUACUGUAAGUAAACUCUACAUGAGUCUCAUCAUGGGCACACUGCCUGGAUGGUGGCUUGGCGAAGACGACGGCCGCAAGGGCGGACCUUUGCUUAGCACGCCGAGGUGGGACGAUGCUCUACGCAGAACAGGCUUCAGCGGUGUUGAUCUCAAGACCACACCCGAUCUCUUGCCUCGGGAAGAAGUCCCUCUACGUAUCAUCGUCAAUAGCCCGCCCGAUCCUAAUUCACCGGCAUUGAGGUUGCAGAAACUUCUGUCGACUUCGAUUCGAGAUGUUUCAGUGGUUACUUGGGAAUCACUCUCGACCAAUCAAAUAACAAGGACAUACUGCCUGAGUCUCCUCGAGCUAGAAAAGCCAUUCCUUUGGGACAUUCAGGAGGAAGAUUUCAAAAAGCUGAAAGAGCUUCUAUAUGGAUCCGCUGCGGUUUGUUGGAUGACAAGCGGAGCCAGCGUCGACUCGUCAAACCCCGAAUUGAGUCUUGUUACAGGUCUCACAAGGACACUCAUUAACGAAAGCGACGUUAAUAUUAUAUUGAUCGACUUGGAUGUGAAUACUGGUCUAGUUGAACAAGAGUCUUUGAGUCUUGUCAGUACAAUUCUUUUAUCUCACAGAGCGGGUAUUACAAAGGAGCGCAAAUUCGCUAUACGCAAUCGAAUCCCGCAGAUACCCCGUUUACUGAGACUUGCAGAAUUUGAAGACAUAAUCCGGAGACAAGAAGGGCGGGGCCCGGUGCAGCUUCUGCCGUAUGGCCAAAUACAGGAGCCUGUCAAGCUUGUUGUCCAGCAGGCAGGUCUACUCGAGGGAAUGUGCUUUGAAGUGGACAAGGAAGCCCGUGUCCCUCUCCCAGAUGACUGGGCUGAGAUUGAUGUUAAAGCUGCAGGUCUCAAUCCAGAGGAUCUACUUACCGUGUUAGGCAAAUUGAAAUACUCGAGCAUCUUUGGUUUCGAAUGCAGCGGCACAGUCACCCGAGUCGGCACCAAAGCUGCGAGACUAAAGCAUGGCGAUCGGGUUUGGGCUUGGGCUGAGAAUUGUCUCGGCACGUCCGCACGCUUUCCAUGGUGGACGGCACUCGAGAUUCCAGCUUCGAUGAGCUUUGAGGAUGCUGCUGGUUCGAUGGCAAUCUAUGUAACCGUGUACUACAGCUUCUUUCAAGCCGGGAAGUUGCAGGCUGGGGAGUCAGUGCUCAUACACUCGGCUGUAGACGCCAUCGGACAGGCCGCUAUUGUCCUGGCACAGCAUAUUGGAGCAGAUAUCUAUUGCACAGUAGACUCUGAUGAGAAGAAACAACUUCUCAUAGAAUCAUAUGGUAUCCCGACAGAUCGUAUCUUCAGCACUCAGGGAAAUAGCUUUGCAAAAGGAGUGAUGCGUAUGACAAAAGAUGAGGGAGUUGAUGUCAUUCUCAAUUCUCUCGCCGGGGAGUCGCUCAAACUUUCUUGGCAAUGUCUUGGCGAGUUUGGUCGUUUCUUAGAGCUUGGUAUAACGGAUGUACAAGCCAAUAAUACACUGGAAAUGAGACCUUUUGCGCGGAACCGGUCUUUUAUUGGUGUUCACCUCCAUGACUUCAUGCGCUGGCCAGUUGCAUCGGCUCGUGCGACUAUGGAUGGGCUUCGAGAUUUGCUUGACAAGGGCGUUAUCAAGCCUGUUAAGCCUAUCAACCUUUUCGAAAUUGGGGCCGCAGAACAGGCGUUCCACCAAAUGCAAAGAGGUAAAAGCAUGGGCAAGAUUGUGCUUCGUAUGUCGCCGGACAGUCAUGUACAAUACAAGUUGCCACCACCACACAUGCCCAUUGACCCUACGGCUACUUACCUGCUAGUUGGUGGUAUGGGAGGCGUUGGCAGAGUAUUAACCAACUGGCUCAUGUCGGUUGGAGCAAAGAACGUUGCAUUCCUCUCCAGGUCCGCUGCAACAAAUCCGGACAACCAAACGUAUCUUCAACAUCUCAAAGAUGACGGAGGGAUCAACGCCAAGGCGUGGGACUGUGAUGCUUCUAACAGGGACGAACUGAAGAAGGUACUUUCUGACGUUCAGUUGACCAUGCCCCAGAUCAAGGGAACGAUCGUAGCUUCCAUGGUCUUACGGGAUUCUCAUUUCGAACGAAUGAGCCUAGAAGACUGGACUGUGGCUGUCAAAUCAAAGGUACACGCUUCACGAUACCUGCAUGAAUUGUUGCCACAGAAUCUUGAUUUUUUUGUGAUGCUUUCUUCAGGCGGAGGGAUUAUCGGAUACCGUGGCCAAGCCAAUUAUCACGUUGGUAAUGUGUAUCAAGACUCCCUGGCUCAUUACCGGCGCUCCCAGGGGCAGGCCGCCUUGACCAUUGAUAUGGGCCCAGUCUUGGGUGUUGGCUGGAUGGCCGGCGAGUUUGUUGACAUCUCAAUGCAAAAUCUGCAGCUCGCCGGUAUCGUACCAUCCAACCCACUUCACCUUAGUGCUCUCAUUGCUGGCAGUUUUGGUCCUAAUGCGCCAUCUCACCCAGCGAACAUCACGCUGGCGCUUCCCGCCGGCUACUCCGGCGAAGAACCGUAUUACUGGAUGAACACGCCUCGAUUCUCGACCCUGUGUGUGCCCGGCGGGAGCACUGGCCCGGCGACUAUCCAGAACGGCCAGAUCAAUGUUAAUCCGCCGCUGAAGGACGAAAUCGUCGAAGCUGCAGAUGUGCGAGCUGCCGGACGCAUCACAAACACGCGCCUGCUCGAAUGGAUAGCGCGGCUGAUGGCCAUGUCCCUAGAGGAUAUUGACACGCAGAAGCCUCUGACAGCGUACGGUGUUGACAGUUUGGUUGCGGUGGAACUACGAAACUGGCUGCGAAGGGAGACGGGUCUAGAACUGGGAGUGUUGGAUAUGAUCCGCGAUGUUCCGAUAGCCCAGCUCUGCUUGGAGGUAGCGACUAGAGUAAGAGAAGAGGUCGGUAAGGAAUAA